GACGCACAUUCCGUGGAGAGAAGCAACAACACCGCACAGAAGCAGAUAUGUCCAAGAAAAUGUCUGAAAAGAAGGCGUCCCGGGUGAUAAAACUCCCACUGAGGUAUAGAGAUGGACUGGACACCGAAAUAGUGCUGGAAAGAUUGCCUUGUAAGGACGAGCAGCCAUCUUCAUGUGGAGCAGAAACUCAGGGCCGUAGAGAGAGAGGCCAUGGGAAGGCUGGAGGCUCUGGUGAUACUAUCAGAGAGCGAAGCCGCUCACCCCAUGAGUCGAAGAUUAAGGUAGAGCCCGAGGACGAACCACUGGGCUUCAACCCCAAACGGACCCCCGGUGCCCAACCCCCUCUGAAUGCGAGGAACCCUCCACCAGGGGAAAUCUUUUCACACUUUUUUGAUGCUGAAGUUCUCAAAUUCCUCUGUGAAAACACAAAUAAGAAUGCAGCAGCAAAGCAGAAGACUGAGAAAACUUUCACCUGGACUGAAAUAAAACCAGAGGAACUGAAAAAGUUCAUCGGCAUGUUAUUAUACAUGUCAGUCUUGCGCCUCCCCAAAAUUAGUGAUUUUUGGCGUAGAGAAACCAUCUUUCGUGUGUCGUUCCCCGCCACCAUCAUGUCCAAAGACAGGUUCUUGGCCAUUUUAUCCCACCUUCACACGAGUGACCCAGAGAAAGAUGUGAUAAAUGAGAGAAAAAAGGGCACAGAGGACUACGACCGUCUCCACUGGGUCAGACCUCUUAUGGAGAUGAUUUGCAUGAGGUGCAAGGCCAUCUACCAUCCGAGACAGCACCUUCUAGUGGAGGAUAGGAUGGCGGCAAGCAAGGCCAGGCGCAGCAUGAAACAGUACAUCAAGGCCAAGCCAACAAAGUGGUGGCUGAAGUUUUUUGCCCUUACUGACUCAAACGGCUACACCAUCGACUUCCAGCUGUACACGGGCAAGUCAAAAUUGACUUCAGGAAAUAGGCUCUCUUACAAUGCUGUUGCAGAUUUGGUCAAAAAAGACUUCCUGGGGUCUGGGUAUAUUGUCUGUAUCGACAACCUCCAGACCAGUCGCUUCCUUUUAGAUCACUUGAAUCAGGAGGGAUUCGGAGCUUCUGGGGAAUACAAGCAGGAGAAAGUUGAUGUCCCCAUCAAACACGAAAAUGACCUCACCACAAGAUCCCCACAAGGCAGUGUCCAGUGGAUCAGGAAAGGGGCUUUUUUGUGGAUGGAUACCAGGGAAGCCUCCCUGUGCUCCACUGUCCACCCAGUGGGCAAUGGGGACACAGCGCACCACUGGCUGAAAGAGGAGGGGGAAGAACAGGAGAUCUCCAUCCCCAGCCCCACAGAAGAAGUGGAUUCCUCUGACCAAGUGAUUGGAACAAGUUUAGUCCACAGGAAAUCGAGGACAUGGCCCAUCACUGUUUUCCAGCAUCUGUUUGAAAUUGCUGUGAGAAACUCAUUUGCCAUCCAUAAGGAUCGGUGUGACAGCAUGCAGCAGAAACCGAUGGUGUGGCAGUGUUUCGAGGAGGACCUUGCUGCACAUCUCCUGGGAGUUUCUGUGAAAAAUAAGCCCCAGAAGAUCCCAGACGACCAACACCUCCCUGUCCCCACAAGCAGUGGCCAGCCCAGAGCGCACAGAGCCAGCCUGGGGCGACGGCGCUGUAAAGUCUGUCACAGGAGCACCGCCUGGAUGUGCGAGACCUGUGAUGUGGGCUUGUGUCUGCAGCCAGACAGGAACUGUCACUGGCAGUACCAUCAAGAUGACUGAAAUCUGAAGGGACUUUCUAUAGCCAGAGAGGAGAGCGAUAUUUUUUUUUCUUUCUUUUUUUCUU